AUGGAGUCACUCGCAGCUUUUCCUGAUGGAGAAUGGGACUCCUUUAACCGAAUGUUCUCCACCGAAGAGCUUGAUUUCACACAGCAAAUUCUUCAUCAGUUUUCUUUCCCUAUGGAGCAUGAUGAGGGAUUGAGCUUCAUAAAUUCAUCGACUUUUUGUCCGAUUCCUGAAGGCACUAUGAGCAUUGCUGGUGUCACUGAGAGUUUGUCAUAUUCUUCCAACGCUAUUGACUCUACUUUUCACUACAAUUCUCAGGAAAGUAGUCAAAGUAGCAAUUCUAGCGGCAGUGUCUUUGUUUCCCCUCCAAAUCUUGAAACCUACUGCCUUAGUGGUUCUAAUCAUGUUGCUGUAACAAAUGACAUCACCAUGUCCUUGGAUAUGUCAAUGGAUAUUGGCGGGGUAGGUGAUAAAAUUACAGGCUCAUUUCCCCCAGUAUUCCCAAACCUUGCAAGGGAAGACACUGUUAAUGUCAUUGAAGAUUUGAGCACUGACAGCCUAGGGAAAUUAUUAGAUGCGAGCCACCCAUCAGCUAAUACUGUGCUUGCUAACGAAUUGCUACUCAAGAGGAAGUUUGACGUGCUGGAAUUGCAUGCUGAAGGAGAUAAAAUGAUCAUCAAUAGCAAUUCAUCUGAGAAUGCAAAGAGAAGACCGCGGGUCUCAAAAGAUGCAUCGAAAGUUUAUAAGAAUGUGCAGUCAAAGAAAAACCGCAAGAUCAGUUUAAAUGGCAAUGAAGGAGAGAGUAACAUUGGUUCGGAUGGACAGAGUUCUAGCACCUGUAGUUCAGAGGAUGACAUUGUUUCUCAGGACACUAAUGGGGUGGCAACCUCAGAUUCCAAAGCUUCUCCAGCUCUUAACUUGAAUGGAAAGACAAGAGCUAGCAGAGGGUCAGCAACCGAUCCCCAGAGCCUUUAUGCAAGGAAAAGAAGAGAAAGGAUUAAUGAGAGAUUGAGAAUUUUACAGAACCUUGUGCCCAACGGAACAAAGGUUGAUAUCAGCACAAUGCUUGAAGAAGCUGUUCACUAUGUGAAGUUUUUGCAGCUCCAAAUCAAGCUUUUAAGUUCCGAUGAUCUGUGGAUGUAUGCUCCCAUUGCUUACAAUGGCAUCGAUAUCGGUCUUAACGAGAAAAUCUCCACACUUCUAUGA